AUGGUCCUAGCCGCUGUCGUCAGAUUCUUUACACUGGCUGUUCUGGCCUGCAUUAUUACCCAGGGUUCAGCUCAGAGGUCACGAGAGGGACGUCAGAGAUGGUCCGUGUUUGAGUAUCCGAACCCACAGUAUGAUUACAGUCAGUGUGGGAGACCUAACACGUCUUCUGUCUGUGAUCCCAAUGGCAUCAUUUCAAGGCAAGAUGCUGAUAUCAUUGAUGGAUUGAUCAGUGCACUGUACAGGGAGACAAUUUGUCAGUGCUACGACUGUAUCACUAACAAGCAUGGGCACAUUAUCAAAGUGGCACUUAUGCCAGAAAUGGAGAGAGUGUUUCCUGAUGGUGAAAACACAACGCUUGCUAGGCUGAGGGAUGCCCAAAUGUACUCAUACAUUCUCACCCAGCGAUGGAGGAUGGAAGGCGCAUGCAAUGAAUCGCUUCUAAUCUUAUUUUCUAGAAAUGAUGGAAUUCUUUACACGCUGACCAGACAAAUCACCAGAAUCAAGCUGUCUGAUGAGGAUGUUAAGAAAAUUUCUCUGAUAGUACGUCAUUUCUUUGAUCGUCCUGAAACCAUUGCCUCAGGUCUCAGAGAAAUGAUACAUCGAUACAGGCUUAUCUUUGAAAACAAGCACAGUGAAGCUUUCCAGUCUGUAACACAACAAGGAUAA